UGUGGCCAGAGAGGGCGGGGUCGAGCGCAUCGGACACAAAGCAGCGCGUGGCGAGUCACCCCGAUGCAAGUGGUCGCCCUGGAGGUCACUUUGAAGGUCAGAGGUCAUCGUUGGCCCCUUCUGAUCGCGCGCAACCGCGUACUCCGAGCGGGACCGCGGAGUGAACGCUCUUGACCGGCCGAGCGUGGUGGAGACGAUCUCGGGCCGGCGACGUAGUGACGUCACCGUGCUGUUGCUGUGGCGGGCGAGCCAGCCAGCCAGCGAUCGAGCGACGGAUAACAUGUCUGCGGGCUCAGGCGCCCCAGCGUCGGGACCCGGCGGCCCCGCGGCGGCGGUAGCAGCAGGUGUGGGCAACCCCCGCAAGUUUAGCGAGAAGAUCGCGCUUCACACGCAGCGGCAGGCCGAGGAGACGGCCGCCUUCCACGAGGUCAUGAUGGAUAUCACGUCGACCAGGCUGCAGGCGCAGAAGCUCCGGCUGGCCCGCACCCAGGGUCCCUACUACGGCGGCUCGCUGCCCAACGUCAACCAGAUUGGCCGCGGGCCACAGGACCUGCAGAGCACCUUCCCGCCGUCGCUGGAGUCUGCUCGCUCCACGCGCCAUCACGGCCUGGUGGAGCGUGUCCACAGGGAGCGCCGCUUCGUGCCACCCAUCAGGCCCUAUCGCAGCCGCCAAGCGGACAACUCUCCUUACAACUCAGCCUACUUGUCCCCCCCACCGGACCCCGGCUGGAGAAGGAAUUGGUCCGCUGGAAUCUUCUCGGGGGAAAAAAGCCACUUGUUACGUCUUCCAAGCGCCGCGCUCAACAGAACCAACUCUGACUCGGCCCUCCACACCAGCGUGAUGAACCCGCCAUCGGGUGAACCCUUCGCCGCAGGAGGUCACGCCCUCGCGCCCCAUGGUGGAAGACGCAACGGUGAGAACCCUGCCCACUCUGAGCCUCUGCCAAUCAAACUGCAUUGUUCCGCUGUGUCACUGCACCAACCUUAUCUGUCCUUAGUUUUUCCGUACCCCGUCCCGCCCAUCGAGGAGAAUAUGGACGACGCCAAGCUGGUUGCUAACAAGGCUUGGGACGCCAAGAAGUUUCCUGUGAUGACCUCCCGACCAAAGUCAUGUGAAGUUCCCGGCAUCAACGUCUUCAUCUCGCCCGAGCUGCCGUUGGCUCCUGCCCACGGCGUCCCAUCGGCCCUCAACAUCAGCGGCUCUCUGCCAGACCUGUCCAGCCUCCACUUCCCCUCGCCCCUGCCCACCCCGCUGGACCAGGACGAGCCCGCUUACCCUGGCGGCAGCACAGGCAAUCUGGCCUCCACCCUCACCCAGCUGGGCAUCAACGUCGGCGGCGCCGAGGGAAGCAACGGUGCCUCCCACCGUUACCAUCAGCCCAGUCUGCUGGGCUCGCUGGGGGGCGCGGCGAGCAACCCGUCCCUGCAAUCGUCACUGAGCAACCCCAACAUCCGGGCCUCGCUCAGUAGCCACUCUUUCCGCAACUCUCUAAGCUCCGCCUCCUUGCAGUCGUCGCUCAGCAACCCCUCGCUGCAGUCAUCCCUGGGCUCCUCUCCCUCCCUUCCCUCCUCCCUCAGCAGCCAAUCACUACACUCGUCCCUCAGUAGCUCCUCCCUGCAGUCAGCCUCCGGCAACCCCGCCUAUGGUGGCGCCUCUGGCUCUGCCUCCUACACUCCCUCGCUCAGCACCUCACCGCGCAGACGGCCGCAGCCCUCGCCGCUCAUCCUGCCCGUUUUGGGUGGGGAUGCCCGGCGACAUCACGCCAAGCAGUUCUCGCCCACCAUCUCGCCCACGCUGUCCUCCAUCGCGCAGGGUGUGCCGCUGGACACGAGUAAGCUGCCUCUGGAUCAACGCUUACCGCCAUACCCUCUGGGCCAGCAGCCCCCCCUAGUGAGUCAGCAUCAAGCACAGACACAGUUGGUCCAUCUACCGCAGCCGCCGCAGAACCUGCUCAACACUCAGCCCUUUGGAACGCAGCAGCAGCAGCAUACGAGCAGCUCUCAGGUCAACUCGCCACUGCUGAAGAACAACAGCGCCUUGGAGGCGUACCUCCACGGUGCCUUGACCUCCCAAUGUCAGCUCAAGCAGGAGGCGGAGCAAACUCGGAGUGCAAACUUCCCCCAAUUGCACUUGACCUCCGACCUGUACAACGACGCCUUGCUCAAUUCCUUGCUGGAUGACUCGUACGUUAACCUGCAGCUCGGCGGCAAAGCCGGCCCGCAGUUUCCCUCGGAGAGUCCGAAUGACAUCCUGGCCCACAGCGUGCUGAGCAGCAGCCAUGCUGACACCCAGGCACGUUCCUUUGAUCAAACUGUACUCAACCAGAACCAGAAUCUCAACUACGGCGGAAGCGCUCGCCAGAACAUCCCUAACAUCAUUUUGACAGGUGACUCUUCUCCACCGGGUCUGUCCAAAGAGAUCGCCAGCGCCCUGUCGCACGUGCCAGGUUUCGAGAUGAGCCCCUUCUCUCUCGAUGACCCGCUGCAAAUGGACGCACUGGCCCUGGACAUGCUGGAGGGAGACCUGAUGCUGGCCGACCCCGCCGUAGAGGACUCCUUCCGCUCGGACAGACUCAAGUGAGCCUCGGCGGAUGUAGCGAGCUCACCGAGUGGCUGGCGCGCACAAGUGCGCACAAGGUGGCUGCCAAACCUCCGACGGAACUCAAGAUGGGGAAUUAUGGAAUUUGGUCAAAUUGAAACCAUUUCAAAGGCCAUUUCUUUGCCCUCCAUUCAGUCUGCAUUGCAAUGGUUCCCCUCUUGGGAUUGGUGACCCCAUAGCACCCUCAUGGUUCUUCGUGACCAGCGUACAUUCCUUCUACCGUAAUUUCAUGGAGAGAGAGCCUCUAAGCGCAAGUUUGUUUUGUCCGAAGCAGACACCCAUGCAAAUUAGAUGGCUCCCUUUUCCCGCGUGAACUCCACCCAUCGCGCUCGAGCAUUUCAUCGUUGGUAACCUAUCAAAAAAGGAGACUCAUCUCACUGGGGGGGGUUUGUUAAGUGGCAGGAGAAUGUGGGUUACUCUCACCAAAACCACCGGUUUCGGACCAAAAAGAGAAAACAAGCGUUUCAAGACAUCUGUGUUGUCAACGGGCACCAAUUGGACUUUUUGGCGUUCGUCCCAAAUCCCCGCGGUUUCUGCGGCCGCUUGGCCAGGUUGUGCCACAUUCCAUCUGGCGGUGCUCAUCUUUGACAAGAAGCUCCUCGGAAUGUGCGCGCGCAGGCGUGCGCACACGCAGGAGGUCCGUCAAGUCAAACCCAAGAAGAGAACUAAUGACAACCAGACCUUAAAAAAAAAAAAAAAUAAAAAUAAGCCUCAGGCAGACGCGUCUGAUCAGCUUUUUUGUUGAAAAAAAUCCUAGGUGAGGGAGAGGUUGUUGGUUGCGUCAGCGGUCAGGCCAGAGCUUCCCCUUUGCACAGGAAGUGCUGGUUGGAAAAUGUCAAAGCCAUAUUCGUUGACAAGCAAAUCACAUUGAAAAGUUUCUUUAGUCAACUUUAAGUGCAUGCUUGCGCACGUGGGAGCGGAUUAUGCAAUUGAUCAGGCAGUCGCAAUGCAGUUGUAAACUCUGCCUGCCACUGGGGGACUGUAGAGCAGUGGUCCCCAACCUUUUUUGCGCCACGGACCGGUUACAUGUCAGAAAUAUUUUUGCGGACCGGCAUUUAUAUAAAUAUAUAAUACAUUUAUAUAAAUAAAUAAUACAUUUAUAAUAAAUAUAUAAAUACGAUUAAAUAAAAUGAUACGAUUGACAUAAAAACAAGUACAAAUGACAAAAAUAAAACUCACCAUUACGUUGAAUCAGUGGGAGCACUGAGUUUGUUUCUCAGAAACGAGCCGGUCCCAUCUAGACGUAAUCAGAGACAAUGACACCCGAAGUGAUUAAGGUUUGUCUUUUAUUGCAGGAUGCUUGGUCUCCAUGUGUUGAAGCAGUUUUGAAUGCUUCAUUGCCUUGUUAGUUAGCCUGUCGCCACAUAUUAGCUUUGCGGGCUCGACUGGGGAAACAUGUCACGUGACCGGGACGAGUGUCUUGACCUGAAUUAAUUGAUCUUCGAUAAAAAAAAUAAUAAUUCUGUGCGGCCCGGUACCAAGUGACCCACGGACUGGUACCAGUGCGCGGCCCGGUGGUUGGGGACCACUGCUGUAGAGGGCUCAGCCACAGGCCUGUGCGUGCACCUCCCCCAGCAUGAACUAAAGGCUGUAUUUCAUAAAUUGUCACAUUUUUACAAAGGUUUGGGCCAACCUUCACACUUUGGGCUCACGCUAUUAGGCCGAACUGCGUUCGUGCGUGUGUUGUAAUAAUUUGUAACAAGCAGGGAUAUUUGUAUAUAUGAAUGUUUGCAAAGCAGCUAACAAGAGAUUUAUAAACUGUUCACUUAUUUUUUUUUCCCAGAAAAUAAACGUUAUGUAAACUUG